AUGCAGAAGAUCUUGCAGACAGAUGAAAUUACCAAUAUCCAAGCUUUUAGAAAAGGAAAGAGGAAAAGGACAGAGACAAUGGACUCAGAAAAUCCAAAUAGUGACAUGGAAAAAGGACAGAGAGAUCCAUAUUCGGGAAAUGCCUUUCUGCCUGGGGAGAGCUCCAGUGAGGAUGAAGCGCCCUUAGCAGAAUUAUCAAAGGAGGAAUUAUGUGCCAAGAUAAAAAACCUGAAAGAAAAACUAACAAACACCCGGAAAGAAAACAGCCGGCUUCGACAGUCUUUGGUCAUGCUACAAGUGUUACCACAAGCAGUCACCCAGUUUGAAGAAUUGGUUAGCAUGGCGGAAACCUUGCUUAAGGGUGGAGGGACCAUGUCCACAUCUGCGUCCACUCUCUGGAGAGCAACAAAUAAUUCCUCACCAGAUUCAUUUGCCUCAACAGGCAGUAAUUCCAAUUCUAAUUCUAGUUCACCAGUUUCCUUGAAGGCUGAGGAGGAGCAUCAUCCUGAAGAGAAGCAGUUCAAGAUUGAAAAAUGGCAGAUUGCCCGUUGUAAUAAGAGCAAGCCUCAGAAGUUUAUUAAUGAUUUAAUGCAAGUACUUUACACAAACGAAUACAUGGCCACACAUAGCCUGACAGGGGCAAAAUCGUCUACUUCAAGGGACAAAGCCGUAAAACCAGCUAUGAAUCAGAAUGAAGUUCAAGAAAUAAUAGGUGUCACCAAAAAAAUAUUCCCUGGGAAAAUGACUUUCCUAGUAUUGGUAUUAGCAAGGCAAGAGGUACUGAAAAAUCAUGCAAAUCUCUACAAAUUCCUGUGCAUCCAGAAGCCUAAUGGUCCCCACCAUGGUUCGUAUGACAGGUAUCUGAAGCAAAGCACCUUCAGUUUUAAGACUAACAUUGGACUAAAGAAUUUGCAACCUCCCUGGCAACCAAAUAUGUCCGUAAAAACAAGACAAAACACCCCCACCAACCCCUCAGCCAUUCCCUCUGAGAGGAACAGCAAAGAGCGGGGCGCAAGCGCAGAAGCCCAAGGUCCKUUCCCACUCAGCGCCCACGCGCAGGGAGGCUCUGUGUCUGGCUUAACUACAAUUCCCAGCAUCCUGCGAGGUGCGGGGAAGGAGAGCCAGAGGCUCCGGAGAUAG